AUGAAUGCAGAGGGAGAAGACGCUAAAGAUAAUAGUGAAGAUGAUGCUGAAAAUGGAGAACUUAGUGCUGAUAGUGAAACUGAUGAAGAAGUUAAAAAAGAAAUGAUGAUGCAGAGGGAGAGGACGAACUGCUUUGAUUUCCCAGAUGAUAUCAGUUAUCAUGUUUCUGAAGAAGCCAAAGACUUGAUGCGGCGGUUAAUUUGUAGCCCAGAGAUUCGGUUGGGUCAAAAUGGUUUAGAAGACUUCAAAAAUCAUCCAUGGUUCAUCGGAAUUAACUGGGCACUAAUUAGGGAGAGUGAAGCUCCAUACAUUCCUGAAGUCAGCAGUCCUAGCGACACAUCAAAUUUUGAUGUGGAUGAAACUGAUUUGAAAGGCUCUGACUCUGUUCCUCCUAGCUCAAACUCCAUUUUUUCCGGACUUCAUCUUCCAUUUGCUGGUUUUACCUAUACAUCUAAAAGCAGGCUGUCUGGAUUUGGCAUGCAGAAUGGCGUUGACUACCGUGCAGAGGAGAACCACAUAAUUUAUGAACAAAGGAUACAAAAGUUAGAGCAUGACAAGAUGGAUUUGCAAAGGAGGUUAAGAGAAAUGUCAAAAUUUUUCAAACAACAAGGAAUAAUAUUUGAUGGUGAGGAUUAUGGACGAGGCAGGAAUUCAACUGAUGCAGAAAGUCGUAAACUUCAAGAUGAAAUCAAUACACUGAGGAAGAGGAAGUCAGAACUGGAAGUUGAAACGAAUAAAUUAAGGAAGGAGCAGAGAGAUAUACUAUGUGGCAAGCAAGAACUGGAUUCCUUGCAGGAUGAGAAGAUAUUGCGCCUAAGAGAAUUGGAGAAAGCUCUCCGUUACUCCAAAGCCGAGAAAGAUGAGAUGCAUAGGGAAUUGGUUGAUUGCCAUGAAAAACUGAAAAUUCAAGCAAAAGAGCUUAAAGAUGCAUUAGGCCAAAGAAAGCUUGCAAUGGCUGAGUAUGCAGAAGUCAGUGAUAAAUUAUCCGAUCUCAGGGCACAAAAGCAGAAAUUGUCUCGGCAGGUACGAGACAAGGAAGAAGAGCUUGAAACUGCUAUGCAGAAAAUUGAUAUUUUACGGCAAGAUCUCAGAAAAGCAGAAAAAUUUCGAAGAGAAUUUGAAGCUCGGGUCGAAGAGGCUCAGUCGGAAGCUACCAAAGAACGGAGGUUACGGGAAAGAACGGAAGAAUAUGCUCAUCAUUUGGAAGAUGAAAUGGAAGCCUUGAAGCAAAGGCAUAUUGGCAGAGCACCUAGUCCUGUUCAUUUAGAAGCUCUGCAAGAAGUAAAUAGGUUGAAAGUUGAACUAGAAAGAAUGGAAUUGCAGAAAAAUGAAGCAUUAACAGAACAGCAAUCAAGGCAUCAUAUAGACUUGACAGGUCUGCAUGAGCAGCUUCAAGAGGCUGAUAUAACUAUUGAAGCAAUGGAAAGAGAAAUCAUUUCUCUGAAAGAAAAGAUUGAAUUAGCUCGUUCAGAAAGCACUAUGGAGAGUAAUGAAAUCCUGUCUGAGCUGAAAAGAGUUCACGAGAAAGAAAAAGACCUUUUGCAAGAAGAAAAUAGGAAACUUGGGCAAGAAAUUGAUAGGCUUUCCCAAGUGGUAAAUAGGCAGCUAGAUGACAAGCUAAGAAUUGAUGAUGAUGUAAAUAAUUUGAAAGAUAAAAAAGAUUCCAUAGCUCAAUGGGAAUCCCAAGUUUCAGAGAUAAUUCAAUGGGUUAGUGAUGAAAAAGAUGCUCGAAGUUAUCUUCAAGCUCUCGCAACAAAAAUGACGGAAGAACUAGAAAGUAUGAAAAAUAGUGGGCUUACACCUGCAACUGCUGAAAAGAACUGGCGGAAUAGGCGGUCUCAGAAACUAGAAAAAAUGGAGCUUCUCAAUCUACAAUCUAGUCUAAAUAGUGAAAUUCAAGCAAAACAAGCAAUUGCAGAUGAGCUUAGCAAAGUUAGAGCUGAAAUCGUGGCUGUUCAGAAAGAGUUGAAAGAAACAAAGCAAAAAGUUGAUAGACUUAAGAGCGAAUCAAACAAGAAGGAGACCCUCAUAAGAGAGUUGCAGCAAAAGUUGGACUCAGCCGGUGAUAACUAUCAGUUUUUGAAGAAUGCUUCUCAUCGCCUGGCUCCGAGCGAGAGUGGGGACUCGGCGGGAGCAGGGGACGAAGCUGAUGUGGAAGACAAUCAGCCUCCUUCUGUAGCCAGCAGCAAGUCUAAUGUCUCUGACAACAGUGGAGAAAUGGUAUCUGCCCCAGUCUCUCCCAUAAUAGAUACUAGGCCUAAUGCUAGUUCGUAUUUAUUUCAGCCCAAAGUCCAUCAAUUUUUAGUGAGAACUUUUGUGGCUCCUUUGAAAUGCAAUCACUGUACAUCUCUUAUGGUUGGUUUGAUAAGGCAAGGAGCUGUUUGUGAAGUGUGUGGAUUCGCUUGCCAUGUUACAUGCCAAGAUAAAGUACCUUCUUUGUGUCCUGUCCCCUCUGAUCAAACUAAACGUCCUGUCGGUAUUGAUCCUACGCGGGGAAUCGGAACGGCAUACGAAGGCUAUGUUAAGGUUCCGAAACCUGGAGGCGUCAAAAAAGGUUGGAUGAGGCAAUUUGUUGUGGUUUGUGAUUUUAAACUUUUUCUGUAUGAUUUAGCCCAAGACAAAAGUGCCCAGCCAUAUGUUUGCGUUUCUCAGGUUUUAGAUAUGAGAGAUGAAGAUUUUUCUGUCAAUUCGGUGCUAGAAUCAGAUGUCAUCCAUGCUAACAGGAAGGAUAUCCCUUGUAUAUUUAGAAUUACUACAUCAAUGAUGGAUCCUCCUGGCUUAAAAAAUCAAACUCUGAUGUUAGUUGACAGAGAAAGUGAAAAGAACAAAUGGGUCGAUGCCCUAACCGAGCUUCAUCGAAUUCUUCGUCGAAAUAAACUUCCAUCUCGAACCGUUUUUCAAGCCAAAGAAAUAUUAGAUAAUACUAUUUCAGUUGUAAAAAAUGCCUUAUCUGCAGCUGUUAUUGAUCGCGAGAGGGUCGUUCUUGGAACCGAAGAAGGACUGUAUUGUGUAGACCUUGAUAGAGAAGAAAUAGCUCGAGUAGGUGAUGGGAAGAAAAUAUCACAGAUUCAGUAUGUGCCUGAAGAACAACUUUUAGUAGCAGUGUCAGGCAAGCAGAGGCACAUACGGCUAAUACCGGUGGGUGCGUUGGAUGGCCACGAUGUAGAAUGGAUAAAAGUAGCUGAAACCAAGGGUUGCCUUACAUUUGACACUGCCUGCUGUUCUCAAGGGUGUAUGCCAGGAACCUCCAAUUAUGUGUUUUGCAUUGCACUUAAGAGGCAGGUUGUUUUGUAUGAUAUCAAUCGAACAAAAGCUCGCCACCAAAGACGUCGAGAAAUUUCUUUGCCAACUUCUGCUCAGUGCCUAAAUGUGAUGGGGGACAGGUUAUGUAUUGGCUUUCCUUCAUCAUUUUUCAUUUACUCUUUGUGGGAAGAAACUCCUCCGUUUUGUUUAGUCAACACAGAAAGUGCAGCUUUGUCUUAUCUUUGCCAUAAUCCUAUGGAUGCUUUGAUUGCAGUGAAUCUUCCAAACAACGAAUUUCUCCUAGUUUUUAGCUAUUUAGGGAUAUUUGUCGACGGACAGGGUAGAAAGACAAGAGACAAAGAACUUAUGUUCCCUGCCUUACCUACUGGAGUUAGUCAGAGGGAUGAAUAUUUAUGUGUAUAUAGUGAAUCUCAUAUAGAUAUCUUUGAAGUUAGUACUGGAGAUUGGGUCCAAACAGUUAAUUUAAAAAAGACCAAACCGCUUUCCUCUUCUGGAAUGUUGUGCCUGACACUGGCCACAGAGCUUCCCCAUCUAGUAUAUCUGCACAACAUUCAACACAGAGAGAACCAAAUUCGUGUUCCUGAAGUCUCCAUUCACCACGUGAAAGAGAGGUCCGGCAGGACGGUCCUAUCCAGGACGAGGAGAAGGUUUUCAGUCAGAGAACCAGAGAAAGCCAAAGUUGGGAAAGGAAACACCGCCGAGAGGCGUUCUCGUAUGAUCUCUGCACCCACUAAUUUCAACCAUGUUUCUCAUAUGGGUCCAGGAGAAGGAAUUCAAUUACAGAAGCUUAUGGAUCUUCCUGCAGUCAAACCUACCAAUCAACAGUGCCAAACUCCAAUUCAAACUCCUACCUCCGUUUCCACUCCUGUAUCAUCCGAUGAGCGAUCUCAAAGAUCCCGAAGUGUUCAGCAGCCUAAACCUCUUCCAAGAGCCUUGCAAGAAAGUGGCAGUCGGAGAACAAUUCACAAUGGCUCAACUUCAAACAAGCACCCAUCUUUCAUGAACCCCUGGAAUCAAAAGCAACCUGGAAAUACAGCAUCCCCAGAUGGAUCCGGUUCGGUAUCUUCGCAGGAGCAUUCGACCCCCAGUGUUCACACAGCUGGAUCAGCACAAGCACAUUCUUCUGGUCAUGAAGAGCAACAUGAGCAGUCUAGUCCUCGCCACUCAAUCGCAUCUAACACCAGUUCCAACGUGAGCUACCCACCGAGCCCCAGGGAAAGAAGGACAACGGCCCCCGCAGCCACAUCGGUACCACUUCUGCCUCUACAUGCACCUAACGAUGACCACGGCGGAUCGUCGAGUUACGAAUCACAAAGCUAGGACCUUAGUUGCAUUUUUUAAACUUUUCUGCUGGCUGUUGAUAUGUUGUGGAUAUGUGUAAAUGCUUUCUGUUCACAGAGCUAUUUUUAACCCCUUGGUGUUUUCUCAUACGUGGUCCUUUUAUUUCAUUUUAGCAGUUUGUAUUUUUUAAACAAACAUGAUUUUUUAUGGGGUGAGGAUAAUGAUUCGAUGGGAGGGGGGGAUGCACAAUCAUGGUGCCUACCAAAUUAAGAAAGAAAUUUUUUUCCUGAAAAAACACCUGCUGUUCAUUUUCAAACCACUUGUCAAAGAUUUUGAAAAUAGUUCAAUUCUCUUGUUAACAUGAACAGUAACUUUCCGUAAAAGGUACUGUCGAAUGACCAAUACGAUGGAAAGGCAAGCCUAUGGUUUUUACAGGCAGAAAUGGACGCAUCUAUUAGUUUGCAAGGAUUUCAAUUUCAGUUACAGAUGUCUGCUAGCCUCUAAAUUAAGCAGAGUAACUUUGAAAUGAACAAAACACACGCAUGAAAGUUUUCCUUUUCCCCCUUAGUCAGUCAUUCAGAUUGACUCACCUGAACUGGCUGCUUGCCAAUUCCAUUGCAAACCAGGCCAGACACUACAUAUAUCACUUGGCACAUUUUAAUCUUAGCAGUUACUCUCUAUUUUAUUUAACGCUGCCUUGUUUGAAGGGUUUAAAACAGCAGUUUACUAUUAGCAUAUUUAAGACUGAAAAUAUAUCAUUUUUCAUAAUAUGUUAACACAAAUUUCAACAGAACAUUACUUUUCACACAGUCUAUCAUAUAUAAAGUCUGUAUCAAAAGAAUUCAAAAAAAAAAUCAUAACAGACACUAAAACAUUGUAAUUGAAAAGUAUUUUGACUUGUUUUGGAAGAAAGGUAUGCAAUUUUUGAUAUUAAAUUUUAACAAACCUAGUCAUAAAAAAAAACUUGGGAAAUCAAGCCUAAUUUGAAAAAAUUGUCACAGUUCUGUUUAAAGUAUUAUAUGUUUUUGCAAAUGUAGUCUCUUUAUUGAAACUUGGUGGGCACUCUGAUAACUAUUUCAAGGGGUUAAAUGAAAAUUGAAGGACUAUUUGUAAAAAAAGAAAAUAAAAAAUUCUUCUAAAUAUAUAUUUAAAAAUUUGGCGGCUUUAUACAGAGAGAAAAUGAACUUGAUCAGCCAAGUAUGGGCUUCCUGUAACAUAAAGACACAUUUUAAAUGUUAGAAUAGAAAAAAGUUAACUUAUGGAAAUUGAGUUUAAAAAACAUAUUUUUCAAAAGAAUAUCACAUAGAACUAAAAUUUAUCAAGUGUUAUAAUUUUUGAAUGGAUGGCAUUUAAUAUUUAACAUAUUUAACACAGCUUUAAGCAAACGCAAAUAUCAAUAUUUUAUCUAUUAGUUAAAAAUGCCUACUGUGAAAUUGAGUUAUUUUCGUUAAAGUUUUCGUUAAAGCAAUAAUUCGUCUUUAAGCAUUGUGUUUAUGUUAUGUUUGAAAAAAAAAUGGUGGGAUUUUUUAAAAACGUUAUUUGAUAAAGCAAGAGACAAGUUUUGAGAAAAUAUUCAGGACCAAUAUCAUAUUUGUAUGUUAAUUUGAUAUGGGAAUGAAAAAAAAAAGAAUUUUUCUGAAAUUUGAGGGAAAAAAUUAAAAAAAAAUAUGAUGUGAGAAAUUUAAUAGCUUUUAGAGAAAAAAAAAAGACUCAUUUGUUGUAAUAUAGUAAAUUUUAAUAUUUCAUUUUGUAAAAUGAAUUUUAUAGAUUUUUUAUUAUUUACAUUUAAUUUAAAAAUGUUUUAUGUGUUGUAAAGCAUGUGCAUGUAUUUUUCUAAGUCGUUUUUGUAAAUACUAUAGCUGUUUUAUUCACAUUAUUUAUUAUCAUGUACACAACAUGACCCAUUCUACAGCAACUAUUUUUGUUUAUACAAAGUAUUUAUUUUGUUUUGUAAAUAUGUAGUAUAUGUAUAAUUUUAUAAGAAGAAAUUUUAAUUUAUGCAUUU